AUGCUAUGCCAUCAUUCCCUGUUCCCUCUCGUAUUUCAAACUUACUUCCUCAACCCCACCUUUUCACUCACCACACCCAUCCGCUUCCACCCACCCAUCCACUCCCCCCCAGCCCUUUCCUUCCCCCGCACCCUUUCAUCCCAAACCCCUCCCCUUUCCCCCGCCGCUCCGUCCAUCCCCCCUUUUCUUCGCCAGUCCGUCACGCCCAAUGGCAUGCCAGGAAUUGACGGCAUGAUCUCCACGAUUGCUCACGAAGUCACCGAGGCUGCUACCAACCCAGACGUCUCGUCCGGAUGGAUGGCCUCGGACGGCGAAGAGAAUGCCGAUAUGUGCGUGUGGCAGUAUGGAGAUGUUUCACAGGACACUGAUGGUGAUGGUAAUACGUAUGACUACAACAUGGUUGGGAACGAUGGGAUGCGGUUCAUGGUUGAAGCCAGCGCUGCUCUGCUGGAGCAGAGCAGCGUGUACGUGUACGAGUACGAGUACGACUACUCGCCUGAGGCUCUAGCAGCCAGCGCAACUCUCCUAGAGCAGAACCCUGACGUGUAUGUCACGUGGAACUACCGCAAGAAGGCUCCCUCCUUCUCCUUCUCCCCUCCCUCUUUGCCUUUCAGUUACUCGCCAGAAGCACUAGCCACCAGCGCUGCUCUCUUAGAACAAAACCCUGACGUGUAUGUGACGUGGAACUACCGCAAGAAGGCGUUUGCCCACCGAUGCGGCGCUCUGGAGGCAGGGGAGGGUGGGAGCAGGGAGGGGAAAGCGGUGCAGAGGGGUUCGGAGGUGAAAGAGGGGGAGAAGGAGGCGCAGGGGAAAGAGGGGCAGGGGGAGGGGGGGAAAGAGGCGCAGGGAGAGGGGGGAUCAGGGGAGGGAGAGGUGGGGACGGAUGGGGCAAUGGGUGAGGCGGAGAGUGCAGGAGGGAGGGGUGACAAGAGGGGAGAGAGUGAAGUUGGGGGGGAGAAUGAUGGGAAGCAGGGAGAGGAGCAGGAGAGGAUAGAAGCAGCCCUACGGACCAACCCCAAGUGCUACGGCGCCUGGCACCACCGCAAGUGGCUCUUCGCCCUCUCCUCCACCGAGCCUCUCCCGAGCCUCGGAGCCAACCUCGGGCCGAGCCUGCAGCAGGUUCGGAUCAAUCUGCGGACGGAGGCUCGGAUCGCCCGGGAGCAGAAGCUGCUGGGGAUGAUGCUGAGUGCCGAUGAUCGGAACUUCCACGCCUGGGACUACUGGAGGUUCAUGUCACAUGUGGCCCGCAUGUCACCAUCCAAGGACUUGGGUUUCACCAUGGAGCGAAUCAACGCCAACUUCAGCAACUACAGCGCGUGGCACAGCCGCAGCAAGCUGCUACCAAUGCUCCACGCGUGCCCACCACCACCAACCACGCCCACUGCACCAGAGGCAAAGGGGUUGCCGCAGGCAGCAUUGGAGGAGGAGUGUGAGUUGGUGCGCCAGGCCUUCUUUACGGAGCCAGAGGAUCAGAGUGGGUGGAUGUACCAGCAUUGGCUGCUGCAGCAGAUCCUGCCGCCCCUGCCGCCCCGCCUCCUCUCCUCCUGGCCUUCGCCUGGAAGCACUGUCUGCUACUCCUCACCUGAAAAUCCACCUGAGAAAUCUUCUGGAGGCGAUUCUGCAGCUGGGGAGGGCGUUUCCGAAUCUUCUCCCAGAGCUCCGAGGCAGGUUCGGAUGUCGGCGGUGCUGGUGUUCUCCGAACCUGUGGUGGGGGUGACAAGAGAGAGUGUGACUCUAAUGGGGGCUGGGAUGGAGGUGGGCGAGUGGAGGGCUGUGGGGGGCGAAGAGGCGUGGCUUUCCGGGCGGCAGUCUGGCUGUGAGAGGGAAACGGGCGGUGAUGUGGGGCCGAAGAGUGCGUCUUGCGAUGUGUCGUGUGACUUGGACCAUGCCGUGCCUGUGUGGUGUGGUCCCUCCAACACCAAGAAGAAUAGCUCAACCCAUUUCUCGUAUCCCGUCUCCUUUCCUCCUGCUUCCAGCUUCGGUUCCUCUCUCGCACUCUCAAACCCAAAACCCCGCUCCCCUUCCCGUCCUGCUCCCCCUUGCUUGCAGCAAGUUAGCUAUCCCCUCCUUCGCCCACCUGUUCUCCACUUCUUGAGUCAACUGAAACAAUCCCCCAUUCCCCCCUCCCUGCUUCCGCCCCUUUCCAACCCUUCAACCAUCGUCUUCCAGCAAGUGGGCUCUCCUCUCUCUCUCCCGCCUCCUCUCCACUCAUUGAGUCAAAUGUCCUCCUACUCUCCCCCCUCCCCCCUCCACCCCUUCCCCCCCCCCCCCUCUCCUCGCUCUUCCAGCAAGUGGGCUCUCCUCUCUCUCGCCCGCCUCCUCUCCACACGCCGCCAGCUCCACCACCUCUUGCCGAACCUACCCGUGCAGGCUCGGCAAGAUGCCGAGGCUUGUGAAGAGGUUCGGUCGUUGCUUCGACGGCUGGUGGGGAUUGACCCAUACCACAAGGAGUAUUACCGAGACCUACUAGAAGCGCUGGAGGGGGAUGAGGUGCGCCGCUCCUCUCGCCCAACUCCCCUCUCUGCAUGCUCUGGUAACAUCCCAACACUUAUCUGCGCAAGCUCCCUCCGCCCAACCCCCCCAGGAUUCGAGGCGCUUCAGAAUCUGCAAGUGCUGGACCUCUCCCACAACCACAUCGCCUUCUCCUCAGCCAUCGCUCCUCUCGCCCACCUGCCCGCCCUCCGCACUCUCUCCCUCGCCCACAACCUCCUGGGAGCCAAACCAGCGCUUCAGAAUCUGCAAGUCCUGGACCUCUCUCACAACAGCAUCGCCUUCUCAUCAGCCAUCGCUCCUCUCGCCCACCUGCCCGCCCUCCGCGCUCUCUCCCUGGCUCACAACCUCCUGGGAGGCAAACCAGUUGACCGCCACCGCUACUGCCACCCCUCCCCACGAUGCAACCGGUUCCCCUCUUGGAACAUGCCAAGUAACAGCACGGGGGACGAAGUUUCCUCGUCUGCCGAAGCAGCAGCAGCAGCAGCAGCAACAGUGGAUCUGGUUCAGCAGCAUCCGAACCUGUGGACGGUGCUGCAAUGCCUGGGCGGGCUGCGCCAGGUGGCAGUGCUUGAUUUGACGGGGAAUCCUGUUUGUCAGUGGGAUGGGUAUCGGCAGCUGGUUCUUUCCCUGCUGCCACAGCUGGUUCUCUUCGAUGGGGGCUCUGUGUGA